UCAACCUCGGCACGCGGAACAAGCUGCACCCGAAUGCACCUUGGCUCAAGAGGUGAAUCUUGACGCCGCGAUCGGGGUGCACGGCCCCGCCCUCUUCGGCGUUCUCAAUGAAGCAUGCCCGCUCGACAUCAAUGAGAUGCUGCCUCAAGUUUCUAUCGAUGGCGAUGACACUUCCUUGCCCUGGACCGAUCGGGACGGCGGCUUCGUCUCAGCCCACAGCAGUGACACUGGCGUCGACGAUGCCCAGUUUGACAGCGCCUCCAGUGGACACGAUGAAGCCCUGCCUCCCGCUGCUGAGGUGGAGAUUAACGCAGAAGAACCCUACGGGCUUCGACGCCGUCGCUGCUGCGGCGCGCGUCACGGCCGCUGCCAUCGGCGGGGCCGCCGCCGAGGUCAGCGAUGGCAUUGCUUCGGCAGACGUGGAGCAGACUGUCGCGAUGCGAGUCGAAGGGGGCCAUCCAGCGCCGACGCCCGAGGGGGCCGUUCGCCGCGACGAUGCGCAUGGGCCCCCUGUUCUGUCCGACCGAGGACCCGAGCUCCCAGUUGCUGCAGCGCUGGAUCACCCUUUCGAAGCUUUCAGCGGGAGCCUCGAAGUCCGUGACGGACGCUUGCAAGGGCUCGAUGGAACGGGGCAGUCCACGCAGUCAGCUGCUAUUCCUGGUCCACCCCCUGGCCUUGAACACCAAGAGCGCCCCGCUCUGGUUCUUCGUCUAUGUGACCUUCUGGGGGGAGCUUCGGGCAGCGAUCCAACUAUCGGGCUUUCUACAUUCGGACCCUCGCUGCAGGCGCAGGCUGGCUCGGGGGGCCUAGCUCGGCGCGAGAGGCCGGUCGCGACGAACCACUUCUGGGGCAGCCCCGCGACGCUCACGCAGAUGUUGAUGCGCAGGUCCUGGUCGCGCCCCGCCGAGUUCCCGCGGUCGCCCGAACGCGUUUAAAUGCUGCCGCCUGCCGGAAGGUGAUUCGUGUUGGGAAAUGCGCGGCGGACAUUUUUCAAGGAGCGGCAAGGUGGGCCGUUGCAUAGGCUCGCGGACACGGUAUACGGUUGGCUACAUCACAGCCAACGCAGGCUCGGAAACGAGCAGCAUACCUGUAUCAGCCCGGGUGCGGGCCAAGCCUCGGUGCCUGACAGCUUUAUCAAGCAUCUUCUUUCUUGCAAGCUUUGACGUCUGACGGUCUGGUCAGACGCCCUCCCCCAAUAGCCUGCACGGUUGGGAAUUACCUUGGGGUAAUCACGUGGUUUUGUCCGUGGUUGCCAAAGGCAAUCGGUUGUCUGUCAUGCAGUCUUGCCCACGACAGACUUUAAUCCGCGAUAUUCCGCUUGUGCAAUCAGGCGACGGCGGAUUGGCGGCUCACCGAUUACUGUCAGUGGGGAACACCGCGGCGACAACGGACAUGGCUUGCGCGCGGCAAUUGUCGACGAUGACGACAUUGCGCUGCUGGGCCGCUGCUGUUCAGGCCAUCGCGGCAUUUACUCUCGCGCCCGCCGCCGACAUCAGGAACUCAGCGGUCGCAAUGAUAAAAACGCAUUGUGGGGCCGCCUUGCUCGGCCGUAUCCGUCUCGCCUCGCCGCCGCUCUCGCCAGAGUUCUGGUCUGUCAGAACCUCGCGGUUUCCAUUUUUCAUUGAGUGGGUCCCGUGGGGGCCCGUGCCCGGUGAUGCGCUGGCUGUUUUUGCUCGGUGCCUGUCGGCGCCGCGCACGGUCUCGCCCCCUCCCGCCCCGUUUCGCCCCGCCCGCGUGAACCCUGAUCUAAUUCGGGGGUUUGGGGCUUUAGCUGGGGCUCGAUGGCGGGCGACCUCCAUCGCGCCCGCGCUGCGCGUGUAAUCCAGACAGAUAGUCGCAGACGGUCUCCGC